AUGUGGGUGACUACCUCCGCCUUAUCGGCUCUGUUCGUCGUCGCGGGGGCUUCAGACACCAGCGAUGACAUCUCGCUGAUUCACAGCGGCAAGGCUUUCUGGCUUUGUGUUGCGGGCAUUGAGGGCGUUGCCUGCGGCAGCCGGAGGGAACCUGCGAUGAACGCUCAGGGGUUGUACUGCGGGGAUGGCCUCUGCUGUCCUAGCACGCGCACAAGCAAUCCGCUAAUAUGCACGAAGGAGCCCUGCAGCAGCACUUUUCUGCAGGUUCCGGAUUCUUGCAGCUGUAAAGAGUUCGAAAGCAUGUGCUCUACUUCAGAGGGGGCAUCCCAUUGCCUCGAACUUUCCCAGAGCGGCCGCCUGUCUGGUGUUGCCUGCGUCUAUGUCUGUGCGGACAAUGCCUGCGGCCCUGCAGAUGCCGUCAAGUUCUGCUACCCGUCCAAGCUGGUGACUAACCCGUCACAUCAGACAAAAUAUGAGGCAACUUGCAUUUGCGAGAAGAACUACGUCUUCAAUGCGGGAACGCACAAGUGCUUACCCGCUCCGUACGACAGGUGUGCAAGGGAAGCGCCAUGCGGCCCUGUAGAGGGGGUGAAUACAUGCAGGGAGCAUCCAAUAACUGGAAAAUUCAUCUGCACGUGUCGCACGGGGUACGUGUUGAAUAGGAGAGACAACAAGUGCCAGGAAAAGUGCUCGGACGAAGAAGCUGCUCUCUGCGGUCCAGCCGAGGCGCACGACGCGGAGCACUGCUCCAUGGGCCUUGGCGGCAGGAUAUGCGCAUGUAAAGAUGGCUUUAAAUGGGAUUUGCAGUUACGAACAUGUGUAGAGGAAGACUGCUAUUCGCCUGCUUUUGGUUGGCAAGAAGGUGUGAAGACAUGCGUCAAGCAAGGGGAGCAACGGACGUACACAUGCGCAGAGGGCUUCCAGAUGAACGCGUCUAGGGAGUGUCUGCCGGAGUGUAUGCCUGGAUGGCGGUACAAUCGAAAUCGCGAGAUGUGCGAACUGUCCACCACUACCUGCUCUCUGAGUGAAUGCGGUGCAACGGAAGCUGUCGAAGCGUGUCUGGUAGACAAGGACUCGGGCAAACAUAUUUGCAAAUGCAAGGCGGGUUAUGCACUGCACACGGAAACUGGAAUGUGCGCUUCUCUUCCUGCAUGCCAGGCUGACACCUGCAAAAUUUUCGGAGCCGAUGCGGUUUGCGUUUCUGACGGCUCUGACGCUUACUCCUGCGAGUGCAUUUCGGAGAUUAAGACAGUGGGAGAUGAAACGACCCAUGUGGUAAAGGCUUGCGAUCCCGUUGAGUGCUCGGAUCCAUCCAUCUGUGGAAAGGGGGACUCGAUCAUGGAAUGCAUCCAAGGUGCUUCUGCACACGAGUGUUUUUGUAGUCCGAGGUACACAAUGAAUGGAAACACCGGAAUGUGCACCCCUCUAGAUGAGAUGUUCCUCCUUAAAAGUUAUGUUCCAGUAGGAUCAGCCCGGGUGUCCGCUACGCGUGCCCCUAUGCACUUCAUCAUCAACGCCGCGCCUUGUCUCUCGGCAGAGUUCAACGCGUCCAGCAGGACGUUUGAUGUCAAGACUUACCACAAGGCUGGAGAAACACGUACAACCAGUGUAACGUUGCCUUAUCACUCGGGCUCCCACACAGGGACGGCCUUCACGUAUAGAAUGUCACCGGCACCCGGCGGCUUUGACAUUUCGCUUGUUUACGAGUUGCGUCCGAGUAGAUUCAAGCAGGUGAUGGAACAAACAUCAUUUCGGGUGUUCACGAACCCACUCGCGUGGAAAGUAGCCCAGGAACUAGGGGGUGGCGUUGAUGCUGCAGUUGCUGCCCUGAUGGCGUCUGCUGGUGAGAGUCCUUGUGAAGUAGUCUCAGUGAAAGUUGCCGCUAUGGCUGACGACAAACGAUUCGAAAAUCUCACAGUUCUGUUUGAGAAGCUGCCCACAGCUGAGGCAAAUGCCCCGUCAACAGCUACUGGGUUCCCAGAGGUGAAACCCGGGCUUUCUGAGACUGUGACAGUCGCUUUUCCUUCCCCGUCGGGGGAGUAUGAAGUACCUCCAGAACCCGAAGCAGAUAAAGUCCUCCAAUAUCCAAAGCCCACCGAUCCACUGCCACCGGAAGAAGUUGCCCCAGAAACACAAGGGAGUAUUGAUUCUGAAUAA